AGAACAACAAACUGAAUGACAACAAAGUUUCAAACUUGAAAAGUAAAUACACAAUAUCAUCAUAGAAAAGUCGCUUUGAAAGCUGCUGAUUGAUGGCAUUUGCGAAACCACCAGCAAAGAGUAUGAAACUCCAUGUUAAACAUGGCACCAAGGUUUAUGAUAUUAAGUUAGAAGCUGACCAAGGGAAUGUACUGACAGUCAAAGACUUAGUGAAAAAGAUCUAUGAAGUUACAGAAAUUCCACCAACCAAUCAAAAGAUUCUUUAUAAAGGCAAAACUUUAAACAAAGACCCAGAGGCAUAUCUGAGCUCCAUUGGAUUAAGUGACAAUGCAAAAGUCAUGCUUCUUGGAAAACGGCCUGACCCCCUAGAUGACAAGGAGAUGGGGAGACUUCAUAAUAUAGAACAGUCUCUAAAGAAGGAGGAAGAAAAACUAAGUGAGGUCACGUAUGAGCUGGACGGAAUACACAGGGGAUUUAUGGAUGAAUCUUUAAAGGCCCCCGCUUUACAGAAGAGUAAAAAGAGAGUUGCCCAUGUGAUAGAACAAUACAUGAAAAUGCUGGAGGCCUUAGACAGCUUAAAUCUAGAUGAACACAAUACAGGAGGGAGGGCAAAACGUAAGAGUCUUGUGGACAGAAUUCAGACCCUUUUGGACAGAUGUGACGGUCUUACAAAGGGAAUAGAAGAUAUGCUGACAAGCAAUGGUGAUAAAGACAGGUGAUGAUGCCCGAGAGUGUUAGAUUUUAGAGCAUUUUUUAGGAGUAGUAAAAAGACAAAAAAUUAAUUUUUACCUCAGGAAUAAGAUUUAAAAUUUGGACCAUUGCCCAGUUGUGUUGAUCAUGAUGUUCAUUGGAUAUUUAUACCCUGAAAAAGAGGCUGUGAUUUCUAUUUUAAAUGUUUGGCUUUGAAAUACAUGCUAGAUCUAUGACUAUUUUGGUGUAUAUCAUUUUGUUAAGUUGUCAAAAUAACAGUAUGAAAUGUUAUUUGGCCAGGCCUAACUUUAAUGUGGCAUUUGUUAUGCUGUUUAGAAUCAGCAGCAAGUUAUAUGAGCUAAGAAAUGAUCUAGCCCCCUGUACAUUGCAUUUGGCUUUUUUUUUCUUUUUUUUAAUUGAAGUGCAUUUAGGUAGAAAUGGACAUUCUGCCAAGAGAGACAACUCUCCAUAUUAAUAAAUUCGUCUUCAACGAUUUGUCUCAAACAUUGUCUUUUUGUACAAUAUACUAUUGUAACAAUACACGAAAAAUUCUAUUUAUAUCUCUUUGAUAUGGGAUACAAUUU